UCUUAUUUCAAAUAAUUUACGAUUUAAAUAUAACUCGUAAAAAUCGCAAAAUUAGACGUCAGAUGUGAGAAUUAGGAUCAAGAUUCUGCAAAGAACACGCGGAGUAUUUGUUGCAUAAUCGUAAAAAGGAAGAAGUGACGACCUCGUUGUGACGUUGAUGUACAUAUCUGUAUCUUGGUUCAAUAAUCUUGAUUUUUUUUUCUGGUUGACCUUAGCUUCAUCUUAGGCAUGCUCGUGUCAUAGUUUUUGAAUCCUUUGUGUAUUACGUAUACUGGAAUAUUUUUAAGAUGGAAUCUGGUGAAAAAUAUAAUUCAAGCGGGAAAGAAUUCUGGUAUAAGAGACGUUCAUCGACUGAAAAGAUACUCCUUUUGCUGACCGCCAUUUUAAUUCUGUUUUGUGUGAUUCUAGUUUGUGUGGUUGUAUAUUUAUCAGUUACAAACACUCCUACAGAGAAUCAAAACGUUUGUGAUACUUUAGAAUGCAUAAGAGCAGCUGCUAGAGUUGCAGACGGCAUUGACUUUUCUGUGGACCCAUGUGACAAUUUCUAUGAGUACGCAUGCGGAGGCUGGAUGAAGAGUCACGUGAUACCCAGUGACAGAUCUUACAUGGCUAGCUUUACAAUUUUACGCGACACAAUACAAGUAAAGUUGAAACAGCUCUUGGAAGAAGAUAUUACCAGUAAUGAUCUGGACGCCGUUGUAAAAGCCAAGAGACUGUAUGGUUCCUGUAUGAAUACAACUGAAAUAGAAGGCGAGGGAAUAUCUGUUGCUCUGCCACUGUUAGAAGAAGUCGGAGGUUGGCCAAUAUUAGGGACAAACGAGGGAGGGAACUGGAAGGAGGAUAAUUUUUCUCUGGCCUCUCUAAUCGUCGUCAUAAAUAAAUACAGCAACGUUCCAUACAUAUACCCUUACGUUUUAGCUGAUAGCAAAAAUAAAGAGCAACGUGUUUUAUAUCUUGACAACCCCGGCUUCAUUAUGCCAGAUAGGAACCACUACAACAAACCAAAGGAUAACCCUCUGAUGAAGGCCUAUUUGGAAUUAGGGGUCAAGGUCGCUGUGGAGUUCGGAACCGAAAGAGAGGCAGCACAGAAGGACAUGGAAGACAUCUUGGAUCUAGAAAUAAUCCUGGCAAAUAUAUCGACCCCUUUGGAAGGACGUAGAGACAACGAAAAGCUCUACAAUAAAUUUUCUGUGGGAGAAAUGAAAAACAACCUAACGGAGUCAGAUAAGCUGGGUUUUACAUGGUUUGACUACGUUAACCAAUUGCUCCAGUUGGUGAACUUCACAGUGCAAGAAAACAACACUGUGAUUGUUAAGGACGUGGAAUAUAUGAGAAAUUUAAUGCACACCUUAGAAAAAUUCCCAAAGAGAACCAUAGCCAAUUACGCUGUUUGGAGACUGAUGGUGAACCGAAUCAAAGACCUUCCAGACAGAUUCAGGCAGUACCUAGGGGAGUUCAACAAGGUUCUUUAUGGAUCUACUCACAUCCGCUCCCGUUGGCGUAAGUGUGUCGGAUUGGUCGUGAGUUACAUGGGGUUACCUCUUGGUCGACAGUUUGUAGAGCGACACUUUGAUGAAGAAGCAAAAUCUGGAAUAAGCACCAUGACAGACUAUAUAAUGGCAGCGUUUGGGACUAUUUUGUCGGAGCUGGACUGGAUGGACGAAGACACGAUAGAUGUGGCGGAAGCAAAGGCUAAUGCCAUGAAAAGAGAAAUUGGCUAUGACGAUAGGAUCCUAGACAACGAACUCCUUAACAAGAGAUAUGAAAAUGUAACCAUACAACCAUAUAACUACUUCCAAAAUAUGCUGUCGCUGUUAAAAAGGACAGUUAUUGAUGACCUGCUAGAGCUGCGAUAUAGACUUUACAGAAUGAGGUGGGAAUCGGCUCCGUCUACAGUGAAUGCAUUCUACAGUGCUGAAAAGAACAGAAUAAUGUUUCCAGCCGGCAUACUUCAACCUCCUUACUACCACAAAGAUUACCCCAGAUCUUUGAAUUACGGUGGUAUUGGAACCUUAAUAGGGCAUGAGAUCACUCAUGGCUUUGAUGACAGAGGGAGACAAUUCAAUAAGGAUGGAGAGCUACACGAAUGGUGGAGUCAGAAGUCUGUGGAUAAAUUCAAAGAUCUCACAACAUGCUUUAUUGAUCAGUACGGGAACUUUUCUUACCCGGAAGCUGGUGGAAUGAACGUAAAUGGAAUAAUUACACUUGGUGAAAACAUUGCUGAUAACGGUGGGGUUCUACAAAGUUACAGAGGCUACAGGAAUUUCAUAUCAAACAGAGGAAGUGAAGAAGUUCCACUUCCGGGUCUGAAUAUGACGCAUGACCAACUAUUUUUCAUAAAUUUUGCACAGAUAAGGUGUACCCUUGCAACACAAGAGAAUUCUAUAAACCAUCUAAUGACGGGUCCACACAGUCCGUCGCGGUUCAGGGUGACGGGCACGCUUCAGAAUCUUCCUGAAUUUUCGGCAGCAUUCCAGUGUCCCAAGGGCAGCUAUAUGAACCCCACACACAAAUGCAGGAUUUGGUAGUUUAGAUAACUCAAGAAAUAAAAAAACCCACACAAGAUUGUCAAAAUGUUUAAAGAAAUUGUAGUCCAUUAAUCAUUAUUAUUUAUUUUAAAUAAUAAACAAUUUAAAUCUUU